AUGAGUGAUCCCCAUCAAGCUAAGCAAGAUUAGACAUCCCCAGUUAAUUAAAGUUCAAAAUAAUUUCUGCAAGUCUCACCUACAAAUAAUGCUAGAAGUAGCUCAUUAAGUAAUACGAGGCCAGAAGAUGAUCCAUUCAACUCCAGUAUUACUGUUUAGGAUUUACUAAAGCCAGUGGGACCUGGUAAUUAUGAAUUGCCUAAUCUUACUGGUCAAAAGCAGAUUAUAUCAACAAAGUAAUCACCUCCAUCCUUUUCGUUGAGUUCAAGAACUGAUCACAAUAACAGAGUUAUUAUCUCUAAGCAGCAUGUACAAGAAAUUGUGGGCAGAGAUUCACCAGGUGUUGGAAGUUACAAUUAUGACUAUUCCCAAUUAAUGAAUAACUUUAUUUCAAAGGGAGGAACAAGCACAGAGCUUAAGGCCAAGUAUAGUUUCAAGAAAGAAAAGAAAUUCUUUUAACUCACCUAAAAUGUGGUGCUAAAAUAAAAUUUACCUCAUUACUAUGAUCAAGAUUACAAGGCUAAAUGGAAUAAGCAAGUUGGUGGAUUUCCAAAGGAUGAAAGAUUUAAGUACGCAAGGGCUGAUAAGGAUCUUGAGGAAAGAUCUCCAGGUCCUACUACAGCUUAGAUUAGAAAAGACUUUUCACUUCCCAAAAUAGGUAUUAAGAAAGGAAUGAAUAAAUCCUUUGUUAUUCAAAAAGGAGAGUCUCCUUAUGACAAUAGAGAUAGGUUUCAAGAUAAUAGCAAAAUAUUCUUUAAGGAAUUAGCUGGUGAGAGAUAAGGAAGAGACUCUCCUGGAUAUGUUUACAACACGACUUAAACCAUCUCUCAGCUAGGUAACAGAAACAACUCAUUCUCGUUUGGGAAGGACACCAGAAAAAUCAAUGAAUUUAAAAUGGAGGCCCCACCUCCAGGAGUUUACAACCCAAUAGAUUUAACAUUAGUAAGGAAUAAGCCAUCUGGUGGAGGCUUCUCAAAGUAAAAGAGAAACUUCGAUCUAGUCUCAUUUAGUGAAAAGCAUAAGAUAUAUGCUGGACAGAAGUUCUUUUGA